GGAGGGAGGGACCAAGUCUUGAAUGGACAAUUUCACAUGUCAUUCAAACUUUCACGUGUCAUUAAAAAAAAAACAAAACACCAUUCCUAACUGUAAGAGACUCCAGUCUUUGCAAAGCUCCAGCAGUGUGAACUGUAGUGACCCUGUGUGGGUGAGUGAGGCGUUGAGAGAGCUGGGAGCUUCAGAGAAACCCAACAACCUGGCUUGCAUGACUCCAGUGGGAGCAGUGAGUGCAGAAUCAACGUGUUGGUUUGCAUAGAGGAAUAUAGAUUGCCCUGGUGGCUAGUGUGGCUAGCUUGAUCGUACAUCCCUUCCUGAACGCUGGUGAUGGAGAAGGAGGACCCCCGGAAUCGAAUGACUGUCUUUGACAUGGUCACCAAGUUCGAAGGAGGAAGGUCCAGGACAGAUGAGGAUCAGCAGAAGCUGGCUAAGCCUCGAGCCCUAAUGCCACCAGGGGCGCGGCUGGAGGCACCCAGACCUGCCGACCCAGAGCACUGGCCCCAGCGAGAACAGGACAGAGAGACACCGCAGAGAAAGCACGGCGAGGACUCCAGGGGCCCCAGGCACAGCCCCCUGCCAGCCCGGAAAGACUGUGAGCCCCCGGGCAGCAAAGAGCCCCCCGGUGCCAGCAGAGAUUUCACAUGGAAGAGAAUGCAUUCCUUCCGCAAACGCCACUCCACUCAGAGGCUGAUCCGGAGAGAGGUGAAGUCAACACUGGAGGGGCCAGAGGAUGAGGAGGAGGAGACCGUCAAGGAGGAAAAGAAGGUGAAAGAGACUGUUGAAGAGAAGCUGUUCAAGAUAGCCAAGGAGCUGCUGGACACAGAGAAGGCUUACGUCAGUCGGCUGCAUUUACUAGACCAGGUGUUUUACGCUGAGCUGCUGAAGGAGGCUCGGUCAGGCAGCUCAUUCCCUGAAGACAUUGUGAAGCAGAUCUUCUCCAACAUCUCCUCGGUCUUCCAGUUCCACCAGCAGUUCUUCCUGCCCGAGCUGCAGAGGCGCAUGGAUGACUGGGGGUCGAACCCACGGAUAGGGGACAUCCUGCAGAAGGUGGCCCCCUUCCUGAAGAUGUACGGGCAGUACGUGUGCUGCUUCGACAGGGCCAUGGACCUCAUCACCACCUGGAUGGAGAAGUCUCCGUGCUUUGAGGAGAUCGUCUUGGAUAUACAGAAGCGUGAGGCGUGUGGUAACCUGACUCUGCAGCACCACAUGCUGGAGCCCGUGCAGCGCGUCCCGCGAUACGAGAUGCUGCUCAAGGACUAUCUGAAGAAGCUGCCCCCGGGAUCACCGGACAGGGCAGACUCUGAGAAGGCCCUGGAGAUCAUCUUUGAAGCCGCUAAACAUUCCAACGCUGCGAUUGCAGACAUGGAGCGUCUGGAGAAGCUGUGGGAGGUCUAUGAGAUGCUGGGGAUGGAGGAAGAGAUGGUGGACCCUUCCAACAAGCUCAUCAAAGAGGGUCCCAUCCUGAAAAUCUCCUUCCGCAGCGCCAGCCGCAAAGAGCGUCACAUCUUCCUGUUUAACAACAUGCUGCUGUACUGCGUGCCCAAGUUCAGCCUGGUGGGGGUGCGAUUCUUCAUCCGGACACGACUGGACAUGGACGACAUGCAGGUGAAAGACCUGAACGACGUUGAGUUCCCGCACGCGUUCCUGGUCUCCGGGAAGCUACGGACUCUGGAGUUGCAGGCCAGAUCUCAGGAGGAGAUGCAAUCCUGGAUACAGGCGUGUCAGCAAGCGAUUGACCAGAACGAGAAAAAAACAGAGAGCUUCAAAGCUGCAACCAGCAACCAGGCUCAGGAUCUGCAGCAAGUCAUGGUUGCGAGGCAGGAGCUGGGCAAGCGUGCCCCCCAGUUGAUCCGAGACAAGCUGGUGUCCAUGUGCAUGCGCUGCAAAGAGCCUUUCAACGCCUUCAUCAGGAGACGACACCACUGCAGGGCCUGCGGCUAUGUUGUGUGCUGGAAGUGUUCAGACUACAAGGCAGCCCUGGAAUACGACGAGAACAGGCAGAACAGGGUGUGCUUUGAGUGCAGCAGCAUCCUGGAGGGGCAGACAGGGAGCAGAGACCGGGAAGACAAGAAGAGAGGCAUACUGGAGAAAGAAGCUGCCGAGGUGUCUGGGAGGAGCUUGAUGUGCAGCUUCCUGCAGGUCCUGGAGAAGAACGGUCGGGUGGGAUCCAGGGGCUGGUUUGUCAUCCCCCGAGAUGAGCCAAUGAUCCUCUACAUGUACGCUGCACCACAGGAUGUGAAGGCCCAGAGCACCAUCCCUUUGCUAGGAUACCAGGUGAAGGAGCUGUUGCCGGGGGACAACCGCUGUGCCUUCCAGCUCACCCAAUCAAAACAGACCCUCUCCUUCCUGGCCGAAUCAGAGGAGCAGAGAGAGCGGUGGGCGGAAAUUAUCAACCAGGUGGCCAAUGGGGAGAACCAAUGGUCUCUGGAUGACUGAUUCCUCCUUUUCAGCCAUUGUAAAUAGCGCUUGGUUGUACUAAUGAUCAACAAGAAAUAACAAUGACUCUUCUGGAUUUCUGUGGGGGUUCCUGGGAAGGAAAUCCAAAUCUAAAUGACUAACCUGAAGACAGAAUGGUCUGAUUUCUUUACUAACUCUGAUUUGUUGACUGGAGGAAGAGGGACAGGGUGGAGUUGCACUGAGCAGUGAGGCGGGGAGCAGUGCAGUUGAUAGUGAAUGGGACGCCUUUACAUUGAACUAGCUGUUUGGUUCUUUUUAUCAGACUCUAUUUUGAUUUACUAAAUAAGAGCAUCUUGCAAAAUCUAAAAAAAAGGUUUUGUUAGGUUUCCCUUGUUUUGUUUUGAGAGCGUAUUCCACCCCAUGUGAUGAGACGAGAUUUGUGGAUUCUCUUAAAUCAGGUUAAUAAAAUAUCAUGUAACAAUC